AUGCUUGGACCGGCGAAGGGUGGCUAUUUUGGAGUCCACCCGCCGGCUUCUUACCUCGGCGGCGUCUGCCAACCUGCUGCCGGGAUCAAAGCUGGUCCCACGUGUGUCUGGCCUGUGGGCAGCCGGACCGACACGAUGUGGCGGCUCCGCUGCAAGGCCAAGGAUGGCACCCAUGUUUUGCAGGGGUUGUCCAGCCGGACCCGGAUGCGGGAACUCCAGGGCCAAAUUGCCGCCAUCACCGGGAUCGCCCCCGGCUGUCAGCGAAUCCUCGUAGGAUACCCGCCCGAGUGCCUGGACCUCAGCAACGGGGAUACCAUUCUGGGGGAUUUGCCCAUUCAGUCAGGCGACAUGCUGAUUGUUGAAGAAGACCAAACCAGGCCCAAAAUGUCACCUGCAUUCACAAAACAUGGUGCUCCUAGUUACAUCAGGGAAACUUUGCCUGUGCUUGCCAGAGCGGUGGUCCCAGCAGACAACUCUUGCCUCUUUACCAGUGUGUACUAUGUCGUUGAAGGAGGAGUCUUGAAUCCAGCUUGUGCCCCUGAGAUGAGACACCUCAUAGCACAAAUUGUAGCAAGUGAUCCAGACUUCUAUAGCAAGGCAAUACUGGGAAAAACAAAUCAAGAGUACUGUGACUGGAUCAAAAGGGAUGAUACUUGGGGUGGAGCUAUUGAGAUAUCCAUUUUGUCUAAGUUUUAUCAAUGCGAAAUAUGUGUGGUGGAUACACAGACAGUACGAAUUGAUCGUUUUGGGGAAGAUGCAGGAUAUACCAAAAGGGUCCUGCUUAUUUAUGAUGGCAUCCACUAUGAUCCGCUUCAGCGUGUCUUCCCCAACCCAGACACCCCUCCUCUGACCAUUUUCUCCUCUAAUGAUGAUAUUGUUCUUGUGCAAGCACUGGAAUUAGCAGAUGAAGCUAGAAGCAAGAGACAAUUUACUGAUGUAAACCGCUUCACCCUGAGAUGCAUGGUAUGUCAGAAGGGAUUAACUGGACACGCAGAAGCAAGGGACCAUGCCAAGGAGACAGGCCAUACCAACUUCGGAGAAGUGUGAUCCAUGCAUAAUGAGGAUUGACGCCUACUACCUCACAGAUCCAGAAGGUUCUGGGUUUUCCAAUAAGCUAUUCGUAACCCUAAAGAACAAAAGGACACAAUGCUUGAACCAUCCUUUUAACCUAAAGCCACUAAGACACUGCAUUCCUUGUUAAGAUUAAAAUUAGUGUGCAAGUUUACAGAUAUGUGUCUACAGUGGUGAUACAUGCCCUCUUUCUGCUGGGGUGACAGUAUAGGUGGUCCUUGCUACCUACUGACACUAACCUGAAGAUAGAGUUUUAGUAUUAUAAACUAGCACCCAGCAGCAUUAACUUGUAGAAGAAAACAACUUCAUAUUUUGGGUAAUGCGAAAGGCCUCAGGUGAGGCCACCGGACAUAAACCACAGUGUCUCCGGUAAUUGAGUCCUUUUAAAAACUGAGUUAAUAGUUUCUAAAUUAUAAAUUGAUUCCUCAAGUGAAGAUACUCAGAAUUGUCAAAACUGAUUUAUAUUGCAACUUGGUAGACUUUAUAAAUGUGUACUUCACCAGUUAUAAGUACAUAACAAGCAAUUUUUACAGGGUUGAGUCUAUUCCUUGAGAACGUUACCUAACAACAAGAACUGAUAGUGCCCAGUUAAGGAUUUCUAGUGUUAUAAAAGUAGAAUGUGUGAGGGAGGAGGUGCCUGAGCAGAUUACUGAAGCUUUAAAAGACCGUUGGCCUCAUGUUUUAAUGCAACUCAUUUAUUCAUCUUUGUCGCAUUGGAUAAAACUUUAACAUUCAGCAGGAUAUUUUUUUUAAUUGUAGUUCCUUGAAAUUUGAAUGCUCUAUUUUUGCCUUUCUACCUAAGAUUUACCUGGAGGGAUUUGAUUUCCUCAGCUUUUUGUUAAGAGCACUUCCUCCGACUCCUAAGAAAACUUUUCAUCUAAAAUUAUAACGUGCUUUGGUUUGGUUUUUGUGAGAUCUUUGGCUACCUAAACAGAAUUUGUUUUCAUGCUAGCCUUAUCCCACCACUAAUGCUCUUUUAAAUGAUUUCAUGUGUCUGAAAAUUAGCGCUUCUAUCCACCAUCUUUUACCUUGACCUUUGCAUAGUUUUAAAGUAAUCGGGAUAAUAAUAUUGAAUGAAUUUGUUUCACUUACAAAAUAUGACAGUUUUUAAAUCUUUGCCUUAUUCAGCCUUCUCAGAAUUCUGCUUCAUACUGAUAUUAGAUGCGUAGCCAUUUGCUUGGUGGGCUAAUCCACAAGGCACGCCCUCUAAAAUUUAGCUUCACUAUGAGAUCUUCCAGAUAAAAGUUUUCUACCUCUUUUCUUAAUUCUUCUGACGAUCAGGGAUGCUAAAUUAUAAUUUGAUAUGCAUUAUCUUACAUAAUGUGAAGAGGCCUAAUAUUGUAAAAUUUUAUUAUCUUGGUCUCAUUUGUGAUUAAGUAUCUCACUUAGAAAACCAAUGGUAUGGGAAUUCCCUGGCGGUCCAGCGGUUAGGACUCCAUGCUUUCAUUGCCAAGGGCACGAGUUCAAUCCUUGGUUGGGGAACUAAGGUCCCACAAGCCAGCCGUGUGGCGUGGCCAAAAAAAUAAAAACAAACCCAAUGGUAUACUUUAAAGCACAUAUAUAUUUUAGCAUAUCUUCUUGGCAAGUGUUUCAAAAUUGAGAUUUACUUUUAGCACUUUCACUUGGUAGAGAUAGCCAUAUAAAAUUAAGGAAUAUGUAAACAAUUUAGGAGAAAUGUACCUUUAAGGAACUGUUCACAAAAUAUGCUUGAAAUCAUUAGAUGACAUUUCUUGAGUACCUUUUGUGUGAAUAGGUCUUUUAGGCAUUAUAAGUUAUUGUGGUCACUAUAACUCAAAAGUGUUUAAUUUUCUAUUUAACUAAGCCUUAAAAGUAGCACUUGUGACUUUUUGAAACUUAAUGUUUGGCGAUCAUAAUGUGUACAAAUGAAUAUGAUUGAAUAUCUCUUUGUACCUUUCUGUCAUCAGGUCUAAAAGGAUUUUGUAUCUUAUUUCCCCCAGAAAAUAUUAAGUUUAAAGCUGUAGGUUAAGAAUAUACCACUGGGUAGCACCCACCAAAUUGAGCUUUAUGCAUCAUUAUUCAUAAACCUUGCCUUCCUUUCUUAAGUAUUUCAGGGGCCAAACUUGAUACUUGCUUACUGGAACUUUAGAGAAGUCUAUUCAUGCAACAGAUAUUUAUUGAGUAAUUUAUAAUGUCAGGCAUAUAUUGAUGUUU